AUGUUCAGCGCAAAUCAGCGCCCCAACCGGCGCUUCCUCCAAGUGAAUUGGUCGCUGGGAUCACCGAAGCUGUCGCCAUACACGUCCCUCCUGCGAAGCUUCACGGGCCACGCCCUGAAGGUCAUUGGGACCGUGACAGUAGACGUCACGCACGGUCGGAACAGCAAGGCGCUACCCGUUAUCGUUGUGGCCAGUGGCGGCAAUGUGCUGGGAAGAGACUGGAUCCGGGCCCUCGACCUGAGCCGAUUGAGCCUACGAGAUCUCCAGUCAGCCUCCGUGUCGGCCGUCUCCGGAAUCACAGUGGAGGAGCUGCUGGCGCGGCCAGUACCGUUUGCAUUCCGGGAAGCCCUGGAGCGCGACCUGGACCGCCUCGUGGAGAAAGGGAUCCUGACUCCGGUCGAGCGGGCGGACUGGGCAGCUCCGGUGGUGACCGCGCAGAAGCGGGAUGGGGACAUCCGCACCUGUGCCGACCUUAGCACGGGCCUGAAUGACGCCCUCGAUGUCCAGCAGUAUCCGCUGCCGACACCGGAUGAGCUCUUUGCCAAGCUCAAUGGCGGUCGGAAAUUCACCACCCUUGACCUGGCGGAGGCGUACGCCCAAGUCGAGCUGGACGACGACAGUAACAAACUGGUGGUAAUCAAUACCCACAAGGGGUUGUUCCGAUACAACAGCCUUCCUUUUGGCGUGGCGUGCGGCCCCAGCAUCUUUCAACAGAUAAUGGCAAGCGUCCUCCAAGGCUGCGAGGGCGUGGCCAUCUAUCUCGAUGACAUCAUUGUCACCGGGGCGACCGAAGAGGAGCACCUGAGGAACCUGGAGAAGGUCCUUCAGCGUUUGGAGGAGCACGGGUUCACGCUCAAACGGAGCAAGUGUCACAGUAUCUGGGGUUCGUGGUGGACCACCAAGGUCGCCACAUCUCCCAGGAUCGAGUGA